CAGAGGACACACCAACUUGCGCACUCAGAGUCACGAGACCUGUAAAAGCUUCGUGUCAGGUUACGGCCUGGACCGAAGGCGAUAGUACAGAGUGAAGGGGAGAAAUAGGCGUGUCCCCCUGGUGGUCACCUGGUGGUCACUGGUGGUCACUUGAUGAUGGCAGGUAGGGGUGUCCACAGUAGUUCAUUGAUCUCUGCCCUCCCUAUCUUCCUCCGUCUCGACUCCUUACUUAUAGCCAGCCGAGGUUCUCUCUUGGAUUCUGGAUGUUUGCUUCCGUAUGUCUGUGUUCCUCCGACUUCGGCCAAUAUCUUGGAUAGCGGCUUCUUAUCUGCAACCAAGCGAUUCCCUAUCCGCUGCAAACGGCUUCAACGGCUCUCAUUCGCCACAAGCGGCUCUCUAGCCGCCACAAACGGCUUCCUUCCUGGUGGAAGCCGGCCCGCCUCGGAUGACACUUGUGGCUCUGACACUUCGCUCCUACAACCCUGAUCAGAUCUCAGAUGGAUUGCGUUAGUGCUGGAGCCGUCUCAACCGUGUGUUCCGUGGUAACAACGCGGUAUCGGAGCACCUAUACGUAGGCCUCUGUGAAAUAGAGAGUUUAUACUCCUACUAAUACUUAGGGCUAA